CAGCGCCCUCAUCUGCGUCUGCAUCUGCGUCUGCAACCGCAACCGCAACCACAUCCGCAUCCGCGGCCCAGACAAGCACUUGCGCUCGCUGUCCUGCAUCAUCGGCCUGGUUCUCGCUUCGUCCGCACUUCCUCGGCACAUCUCUUGGCUCUAGCUCCAAUCGCCAGCCCCCUGUUGCAUUUUUCGUCGCCAUCAAUGAACCCAGCAACGGCGGCCGCCGCGGCCGGUGGGCUCACCGCCUACUACAAAAACAAAAUCGAGGAGCUCGAAAUCAAAAGUACUGCCAUGUCGCAGAAUCUGCGACGUCUGGAAGCCCAGCGCAAUCAGCUCAACUCCAAAGUUCGGCUGCUCCGCGAAGAGCUGCAGCUGUUACAAGAGCCCGGAUCCUAUGUCGGCGAAGUCGUCAAGCUCAUGGGCAAAAAAAAGAUCCUGGUCAAGGUCCACCCCGAAGGCAAAUAUGUCGUCGAUAUUAGCCCCUCAAUCGACAUUGCCGAGCUCAAGCCAACGGUUCGAGUGGCCCUCCGACACGAUUCAUAUCAGCUGCACAAGGUUCUCCCUAACAAGAUCGACCCUCUUGUCUCGCUCAUGAUGGUGGAGAAGGUCCCGGACUCGACCUACGAAAUGAUCGGAGGUCUGGACAACCAGAUCAAAGAGAUCAAGGAGGUGAUUGAGCUGCCAGUCAAGCAUCCUGAGCUGUUUGAAGCCCUUGGUAUCGCUCAGCCCAAGGGUGUGCUUCUAUAUGGUCCGCCUGGAACCGGCAAGACUCUUCUUGCACGAGCCGUCGCCCACCACACGGACUGCAAGUUCAUUCGCGUCAGUGGCUCCGAGCUUGUCCAAAAGUACAUUGGCGAAGGUUCUCGCAUGGUGCGCGAGCUCUUUGUCAUGGCCCGGGAGCACGCUCCCUCGAUUAUAUUUAUGGACGAGAUCGACUCUAUCGGCUCCAGUCGAUCCGAGUCGAGCGGCAGCGGCGGAGGUGACUCGGAAGUCCAGCGCACGAUGCUCGAGCUGCUGAACCAGCUUGACGGCUUUGAAGCCACUCAGACGAUCAAGGUGAUCAUGGCCACCAACCGUAUCGACAUUUUGGACUCGGCACUGCUGCGUCCUGGCCGUAUUGACAGAAAAAUCGAAUUCCCCCCACCAAAUGAGGCGGCCCGCACUGACAUUCUCAAGAUUCACUCCCGACGAAUGAACCUCACUCGCGGCAUCAAUCUUCGAAAGAUUGCUGAGCAAAUGGGCGGAGCCAGCGGCGCCGAGGUCAAGGGCGUGUGUACUGAGGCCGGUAUGUAUGCCUUGCGCGAACGCCGUGUCCAUGUCACCCAGGAGGACUUUGAAAUGGCCGUAUCCAAGGUCUUGAAGAAGGAUUCGGAGCAGAACAUGAGUAUCAAGAAGCUCUUCAAGUGAGCUUGCCUUGUAGCUAUCUUGCUAGCGAGCUCCAUGUACCUCGAUCAACCUGGCGAGCCGUCAUUCCUAUUAUAUGGGCAUCAAUAAACUCAAAUCACAAAAGUCGAGCGAUUGCAGAGCAGACAGCGACCGCCAGGGACCCCACUUGUCCCGACUUGCUAUAAAAGUCAAUCCGGAAAAUGGGAUCGU